CGCAUCUCUCCCCUCGCAACUCAACCCCUCCAUCACCACUUCCUCUCGAGAUAAUACUUGAUUUUAUCUGACGGUUAUCUUUUUUGAAGCGGUGGUCUAUAUUUGAUAUACAGACAGCUCGCGAUGGCGUCCGCAGAGGUGCAAAAGGUGCCCGUUUACUCGGUCAAUGACCUAAAAUCAACCACCGAUGACGCCCUAGCCCCAUACCUCGGCUAUCUCCCACAGCCAUACACCUUCUCGCAAGACCACACGAAGACGCACGUCCACCUGCUACUGGGCUACUCGGCCGUCGCCCUCGCCGGCUUCACCUUCUACGCGGAUCGCAUGCUGAAAUGGGAGGCGACGCGGUCCCCCUGGAUCAUCGCCGCCGUGGUCGUCUACUUCACGCUGAACUCGCUGCUCACGUAUUGGGUCUGGGGCGUGGAGGCGGGUGAGGUGUUUCGGGGGAAGAGGAGAUCGGGGGAGACGAUCUCCAUCCGCUCCUCCGCCCAGAAACACUCCCCCCUGUACAAGCUACACAUCCAAUACAAGUCCGCCUCGAACAAGGUCCUCCAGGAGAAGGAGAUCGAGACGUCGUUCACGAAGUGGUUCGCCGCCGACGGCACGUUCCACCCCGAGCCGCUGCGGAAGUGGCUCGCUACUGAGAUUGAGGUCCUGCGGUUGGCGGCGAAGGAUACGGAGAAGAAGACCGGUGGGGUGGCCAGUCUGGCUGGUGUGCAGGAGGCGGAUGAGGGCAAGGGUGCUAAGAGGAGGAAGUAGUCCUGCUACCACUGCUACUGCUGCUGUUGCUGUUGCUGUUGUUGUUGCGGGAAGUUGGUUUACAAGCAAGCGUCGCGGAUUGGAAAUGAUAUAAAAAAAAAACCAGACAGGAGUUGGUUUUGUGUUGUGUGUAUCAUGCAGGUUCUUCUUAUUCUUCUUCUUCCUUCGUCCAAAAUGGAAUUAGGCAUGGCUGGCUGUUGUUCGUUUAGAAGUCAACGUGG